AUGCCCGCGAGCAGCGAGGCCCGGCUUUCCCGCAGGGAGGGGCUCAAGAAGCAGCGCCUGUCAGUGGCAGAGAGGAGCCGGAGCAAGGUUGAUGUGGCCAGGAUGCCUCCCCUCGAGGAGCCCUGCUCAGGGCUGCCUGCCACGCCAGGCCCCCAGCGCAGCAUCUAUUUCUGGAACCCAAAGGACCACCCUACCCGACUGGGACCUGAGUUUUUCGACCAGCCCGGGGUCUCUCUGGCGCGGGCAUUUCUGGGACAGGUCCUUGUGCGGCGGCUGGCCGACGACACGGAGCUACGCGGCCGCAUCGUGGAGACUGAAGCAUACCUGGGGCCGGAGGACGCAGCAGCGCACUCGAGAGGUGGCAGGCAGACGGCCCGGAACCGCGGCAUGUUCAUGAAGCCGGGUACCUUGUACGUGUACAUCAUCUAUGGCAUGUACUUCUGCCUGAAUGUCUCCAGCCAGGGGGAUGGGUCGUGUGUCCUGCUGCGAGCGCUGGAGCCCCUGGGGGGCCUGGAGACCAUGCGCCAGCUCCGUAGCACCCUCAGGAAGGGCGCCUCCAGCCGAGCCCUCAAGGAUCGUGAGCUCUGCAAUGGCCCUUCCAAGUUGUGCCAGGCCCUGGCCAUCGAUAAGAGCUUUGACCAGCGGGAUCUGACCACAGAUGGGGCCAUGUGGAUGGAGCGCGGACCCCCAGGGCCUGAGCCAUCAGUGGUGGCUGCAGCCCGAGUGGGCGUCGGCCGAGCAGGGGAGUGGGCCCAGAAGCCCCUGCGCUUUUACGUGCGUGGCAGCCCCUUCGUCAGCGUGGUGGACAGGACGGCUGAGCAGACACAGACCUGA